UUUAUUUUUCUCUUUCCUCCCCAAAUUUUCAGCUUCUUUUUUCUUUUUUAAUUUUAGUAUUUCAUUUUUUUUUUAAUUUUUCCGGAGGCUUCAGCUUUUUUUCUUAGCUCGCCGUUUUCAAAGGAAAUGAUGUGAUUUGAUGCCUAGUUGUGUGUUUUUAUGGUAAAACAAGAGUAUAAGGCUGUCAAGGAAAACAAACAAAUCACUGUACGACCGAGCGACUUGGGUAAUAUAGAGCUUUUGGAUUGGGUAGAUUUUGUUGUAGUGUUGGGAAUUGAUAAUAUAAUCUGUUCUAAUAUUGUAUUUGCGAGGUUUACUGUGAGGGCUCUAUUAUGGGUUUCUGUAUGUAGCUCUACUUGAGGAAAUUGGGUAUAGUUUUUGGUGAAAAGAGGGGGAAUCAGGCCUGGCUUUGGAGAGCUAUUUGGAUUCCAGCCAUCAGGGGUCGGUGCCGCUCAUGGCACCUUCUCGGGUGGCUGGAGGACUGUCUCAAUCUUCAGCAAGUUCUGGUAUUUUUUUCCAAGGAGAUUCACAGUCUCAGAAUGUAAUUAACUCUCACUUGAGUUCGUCUUUUGGGAACACUGCCAAUUCAAUUUCUGGAACAGGGCGCUCAAACCUAGGCCCACUUUCUGGCGACCUGAAUCAGACGGUUUUGAACAGUGUGGCUAAUUCAGGGCCAAGUGUUGGAGCUAGUUCUUUGGUCACUGAUGCGAACUCAGCCUUCUCAGGAGGUCCCCAGUUGCAAAGAAGUGCCAGUAUCAACACAGAAUCUUACUUACGAUUGCCUGCUUCACCAAUGUCAUUUACUUCCAAUAAUAUUAGUGUUUCUGGCUCCUCUGUAAUAGACGGGCCAACAACAGGUCAACAGGGUUCUCAUCACGACCCUAAUUCUCAACAAGCUAUUCAGAAUCAACAUCAGUUUCCACAAGGGGCUUCUGGUGCUUCAUCGUUGCCAACUUCUCAAACAGGCCAACUCGCACAUUCUUUGGGGUCGAGGAUUCCUAAUUCAUUCAUCCAAGAUCCUGCUAAUGUAUCCCACCUGCAGAAAAAACCGCGGUUGGAUAUCAAGCAAGAAGAUUAUUUGCAACAGCAAGUCUUACAACAAUUUCUGCAGAGACCGGAUCCAAUGCAGUUGCAAAGCCAUAACCCACAGUUGCAAGCUAUCCUUCAGCAGCAGAGGCUAAGGCAGCAGCAACAAUUUUUGCAGGCUAUGCCACCAAUGCAGCGUGUUCAGUUACAGCAACAGCAACAGAUGAGACAGCAACUUCAACAAAACGUGCAACAACAAAUGGUUUCUAUGAAGAAUCCACAAGAUACUGGAGGCGUAUGUGCCCGUCGUCUGAUGCAAUACCUUUAUCAUCAGCGGCAACGACCACAAGAAAACACUAUUGCUUAUUGGAGAAAAUUUGUGGCAGAAUACUACGCUCCCCGUGCUAAGAAACGGUGGUGCUUGUCUCUGUAUGAAAAUGUCGGACAACAUGCAUUAGGGGUUUUCCCACAAGCUGCUAUGGAUGCUUGGCACUGUGACAUAUGUGGCUCCAAGUCUGGAAGGGGGUUUGAAGCAACAUAUGAAGUACUCCCACGGCUCAAUGAAAUUAAAUUUGGCAGUGGCGUGAUAGACGAACUUUUGUUUGUCGAUGUGCCCCGUGAACGUAGGUUUGGUAAUGGAAUAAUGAUGUUGGAAUAUGGAAAAGCUGUUCAGGAGAGUGUGUAUGAGCAACUUCGUGUUGUUCGUGAGGGUCAACUUAGAAUCAUAUUCACCCAGGAAUUAAAGAUCUUAUCAUGGGACUUCUGUGCACGUCGCCAUGAGGAGCUACUUCCUAGGAGGCUUGUUGCCCCUCAGGUGAACCAGCUGCUUCAGGUUGCGCAAAAAUGUCAAAGCACACUUGCUGACAGUGGAUCUGAAGGAGUUUCUUCACAAGAUUUACAAACGAACAGUAAUAUGGUUGUAACAGCUGGUCGCCAACUUGCUAAGAGUUUGGAGUUGCACUCGCUCAAUGACUUGGGAUUUUCAAAAAGAUAUGUUAGGUGUUUGCAGAUUGCCGAGGUUGUCAAUAGCAUGAAAGACCUUGUAGAUUUUUGCCGGGACAAUAAAGUUGGUCCUAUAGAGGGUUUGAAAAGUUAUCCCCGACAUGGCUCUGCAUCCAAGCUGCAGAUGCAGAGGAUUCAGGAAAUGGAGCAACUAGCUGGUCUUCAAGGUCUGCCCACUGAUAGAAACACUAUCAAUAAACUAAUGGCAAUGCAGCAGUCUGGGAUGAAUAGCUCUAACAUGGGCAACAACCCUAAUAUGGGCAACAACUCUAAUAUGCUUGCCGGUAACCGAGGCACGUUAAGUGGGCAGGCAGCUGCUGCCUUGGCACUGACCAACUACCAAAAUAUAAUGAUGAGACAGAACUCCAUGAACUCAAAUCCUAACUCACUUCAGCAGGAAGCAUCUUCUUCUCAUAAUAACCAAAGUCCAUCUUCCUCUUUUCAAGGGGCUUCUAGUGUCCUUCCAGGAUCAAUGCAGACUUCGCCAGUAGGUGGAUUUUCAAAUCCACAAUUGGGUGCCCAGCAACAGCAGCGCACCGUGAGUGGUAAUGGUUUAUCUCAACAGAAUCAGCAGCCGUCACCUGGCAAUCAGGCUUUGCAGCAGCAUAUGCUUCAGCAGUUACUGCAGGAUAUGUCCGGAAAUAAUGCAGCAGGACAACAGAAAAACCUUGGUGGGCAAACUAUGAAUGCAAGUGCUGCUGCAAAUGGGUUAGGAUAUGGAGGCAAUGUUACACCAGCAACACCAGCUGCAUCGAGCAAUGUGUCUGGAGGUGGUGGGCCUACUCUAAGCAAGAACAACAGUUUUAAAGCUGCUAACAGUGAUUCAUCAGCAGUUGGAGGUGGUUCCAAUGGUGGAUUUAAUCAGAAAGCGUCAGAAAUGCCGCAAAAUCUGCAUUUGACAGAUGACAUGGUUCCAGAUUUGCCUCAUGAUUUUGCAGAUAAUGGAUUCUUUGGCAAUGACCUUGAUGAUAAUAUGGGCUAUGGAUGGAAGGCAUGAGAUUGUUGAUGGAGGGCAGACGACUAACUGGUCAAUUCUCUUUUAGCAUCCUUAUCAUAGGUGCUCAGGAAACAUUGUACAGGACAUUGAGAUAGUUCUCAAAUUCACUCCUCUUUUUUUUGGGGUUUUAAGUUCAUGAGUUCUUUAAAAAAAUAUCUAGCUUCUCAGUAGGUUUACAGCAAUCAUGUUCUGUUUUUUUUUCCUUCUGAUUUGAGUCUUGGAAGUGUAAUUUAUCAGACAAAACCUAAUGCUUAAGUAUGUGGUAGCUACACAGUUUAGUUGGCUUUCUGAAAGCUUUGUGCA